GCGCCCCGCCCUUUGACUCACCUCGCAUAGAUGUAUGUUUUGUGUUACUGGUUUGUUUAUGACGCGGCUCACUGGCUCCGUUAGCUUGACAGCUGUCCAAGAGUUUUCUGAUUUAAACCCGCGUUUUUAUGCUUUCUGUAAUCCCGUGUACUGUAUUGUAAACAGGAACCGUAGAGAACAGGAUAGAAAGCUAGUUAGCAGUAGGCGUUGGUCAGUCGUGCAACUAGAAUACAUUUCUUAGCCUAGCAUUAUGCUAACGUACCGUAACGUUAUGACUUGACGUUGGACACAAAGUGGCGGUUUGACGAAGCCAGGGUUAGGCCUCUUUGAAUUUGAACUAUUAUUCAGAGAUAGUAGUAAUUCGAGAGGGGGGCGCAUGAGUUUAAUAAUUCAAACCACAGGUUAGGCUUAUAGACAGCUGCCUGGAGACUAACUUUGCAUAGCUAGCGAGCAAAAUUCAUGUUAGCAUGGCGUCAGAUACGAGUGACACCGAGGAAUUCUAUGAUGCUGCCGAAGACGUUAAUUUCACUCCAUCUCCUAAAGUGUCACCUGCAAAGUUUGUCAUUCCUUCCCCUAAGCUUUCACAGAGGACAGUAAAUGCUGCAGAAGAUGUUAGCAGUGCAGUUGCAGCAUCUGAGACUCAGCAAGACGAUUCCCUACAGAUCAUUGAUAGCAUCAUUGAAGAGAGUCAAAAGGGAAGUGCUGAGGAUGUUGGUGAGGUGGCUCAGCUGCUAGAUCAGCUACAUGUUGAUGUCAGAGCAGAACCAGAGCCAAAGGAAGACAAUGUUGCUCAGGAAGUUCCUGUGGAGAUCCCUGCAGCAGCAGCAGCAGCUGUCGCACCUCAGCCUGUUGAGAGGCUGGAAGAACAACAGGAAAGUGCAGCAACAAACGGAGCAUGCUCUAUACCUGCCCCGGAGCCCACAGAUUUUCCAGGACCAUCAGCUGUUUUACAAGAAGGAGUUCAGCCCCCAGAUAUCACCAGCACUGUGGGACAGAGUCAGCCAGGUGGUUCUGCUGUGGCUGCGGAUGGAGGGCAGGAGCAGAGACCGGCAGAUAUCUUGGACCAAGUUCCACUGGCAGACAGGCAGGCCGACUCGGACUCUGGGCCUUGCAAACCCCCGCGGCAAUUCACAGUGGAACCAGACAUUGUAGCCAGCACCAAGAAGCCUCCUCCUUCCCGCCCACCCCCUCCAAGCGGAGGUCCUCCUCCACGACCGCCUCCACCAUCUUGGCAGAGUUUACCUUCCAGGAAGUCACAGGACUGUCUGAGGCCAAGUGGACUGGAAGUGUCUGCCAUGUGUUCAGUCAGCGGUGAAGCUCUGGAGCCCUCCGGCCUGGUGUCGCCCAGCAGCACAGUGAGGAGUCUAACCAAAGAGCUGCAGCAUUCCUUGGAUCUAGCCAGUGCCACCAGCGGGGACAAGGUGGUGACAGCACAGGAAAACGAGGAUGAACAGGCUUCAUCUCAAAGUGGUGAACAAACACCGGGCCCUCAGCGGCCGCGCUCUAACUCUGGUCGAGAACUGACAGAUGAAGAAAUCCUGGCCAGUGUGAUGAUCAAGAAUCUGGACACUGGGGAAGAGAUCCCUCUAAUCCAGGCAGAAGAGAAACUUCCUGCUGGGAUCAAUCCGCUCACUCUGCACAUCAUGAGGAGGACAAAGGAGUACAUCACGAAUGAUGCUGCACAGUCAGAUGAUGAUGAUAAAUCUCAGGCUCCACUGGCCGACACAGACGGAGGGAAACUGAAACAGAAAACGACCCAGUUCAAAAAAUUCCUGGGAAAGUCUGUGAAGAAGGCGAAGCAUCUGGCAGAGGAAUACGGAGAGAAGGCCGUCAACAAGGUGAAAAGUGUACGAGACGAAGUUUUCCACACAGAUCAGGAUGAUCCGUCCUCGAGUGACGAUGAGGGCAUGCCUUACACCCGCCCCGCCAAGUUUAAGGCAGCACACAGCUUCAAAGGUCCCUUUGACUUUGAUCAGAUAAAGGUUGUGCAGGACCUGAGUGGAGAGCACAUGGGUGCUGUUUGGACCAUGAAGUUCUCCCACUGUGGGAGGCUGCUAGCGACCGCAGGACAAGAUAACGUAGUCCGCAUCUGGGUCCUGAAGACUGCCUUUGACUACUUCAAUAACAUGAGAAUAAAGUACAAUACUGAAGGUCGAGUUUCACCUUCUCCGUCUCAGGAAAGUUUAUGCUCGUCUAAAUCUGACAACGAUCCCGGGGCGAGUUGUGUUCCAGAAGACCCUGAGACAGAAGACAGGAACGCACCUUUCCGUCAGGUUCCCUUCUGCAAGUAUAAAGGUCAUACAGCAGAUCUGCUCGACUUGUCCUGGUCAAAGAACUUCUUCCUGCUCUCCUCGUCCAUGGAUAAAACAGUCAGACUGUGGCACAUAUCCAGGAGAGAGUGUCUGUGUUGCUUUCAGCACAUCGAUUUUGUCACAGCCAUUGCCUUCCAUCCCAGAGAUGACAGAUACUUUUUAAGCGGCUCUCUGGAUGGAAAGCUUCGGCUCUGGAACAUUCCUGACAAGAAAGUGGCGCUAUGGAACGAGGUGGACGGCCAGACUCGUCUCAUUACUGCAGCUAACUUCUGUCAAAAUGGGAAGUAUGCAGUCAUUGGAACCUAUGAUGGUCGCUGCAUCUUCUAUGACACAGAGCGUCUGAAAUACCACACUCAAAUCCAUGUGAGGUCCACCAGAGGCCGGAACAAAGUUGGUCGCAAAAUCACAGGCAUUGAGCCCCUUCCUGGAGAGAAUAAGAUUUUGGUGACAUCAAACGACUCCCGCAUUCGCCUUUAUGACCUGAGGGACUUGUCAUUAUCCAUGAAAUAUAAAGGUUACGUCAACAGCAGCAGCCAGAUCAAAGCAAGCUUCAGUCAUGACUAUUCCUUCAUAGUCAGUGGUUCAGAGGAUAAAUAUGUCUACAUCUGGAGCACUUACCACGACCUGAGCAAAUUCACAUCUGUACGACGGGACCGUAAUGACUUCUGGGAAGGGAUUAAAGCACACAAUGCAGUGGUCACCUCAGCAGUAUUUGCACCCCACCCGGGCCUUAUCGUUCCACAAGAAACUGGAGCAGAGAAACCAGAAGCUGAGUGCAAGAGCCUAGACUCCAAUGACUCAGAAACAAUACCCUCAGGAGCCCUGAAGACGGAUCACACAGAGGUUCUACUGUCGGCGGACUUCACUGGAGCCAUCAAGGUUUUUAUCAAUGUGAAAAAGUACUGAGCACCUGAGAGGUCGUCAGCUCCUCACUUUGAGGCCUGUCCGCUGGAAGUCAGUCAUCAAGAUUGAGAGGCCAUCAGAUAUCUCCCCACUACCUAACGGUUUUAGCUCUGACACAAAAAGCUGCCUGUAACUUUUUCUCGAGGACAGGGAGUCUAAAGAGGCAAGAAGAAAGACUGUUAAAAAACAGAAGGUUUGAUCCCUGUAACAUUUCUAUUUUUUUAUGUUAAUACCAAGCAACUGUGAAAAGUUUGUCAUCAAAUAAGAGCGAGUGAUUUGAGCAGGAACUGAAACUGUCCUGGUAUGUGUGAAUUCUAACUUGUAAUUUCAAGACUGAGUGAUUUGUAACAGAACAGGCACCUUACUGGUUUCUUUUUCUCCCACAUUUCAAACAGAUGGACUUUUAAAUGUGCAAAAGCACUGUCCUAAUGUUAAUCACAAACUGCAUCUUGUAUAAAAGAGAUGAAACAAUUUGCCUCAAAGCAGUGUGGUAGAAAAUGUCAUUCGUGAUUAAUUUGUGCCUACAAAAUUUAGAUUGCUUUCUCAAUUUUCCUCAAAAUCUAUCCAACUUCUUGGUGGAGGCAACAAAUCAACGGUACAGGAAAUCUGGCUAUGGUUACUGCUGAUUAGGGCUGGGUAUCUAACUUUUCCUCAACAUACUGGCGCUUUAAUA